AACCCCUUUUCUCCCGUUGACUCAUCACUCUCCUCGUUGACUCACCACAGAAGUCAUCACAUCACCCAUCAAACAAACAAAGCUUCGAAACUAACCGAGCAGCUCAGAGCCAACGAAGGAAUGGAAUGUAGGUGGCGUUCUUAGUCAAAACAUUCGAAGCUCAUGCAGAUCAUCCACCAGUUCAUUAGUGGGAAACCAAGAGAUCAGUUGCCUGAAAGUAAACAGAACAAUGAAGGAAGACCUAUUAAGAAGUAAGAUAAGACGACGAAAUGAAGGGACACCAAGAGCAAGAAAGUCAAUACUGGGUAGAGGCUACUGCAGCAGCUGGUCCCUGGUCCUGUUGGCCACGGCAGUAUCCUCUACAGAUUCUUUUGUGUCUGCCUUUUCUCCGUCCAAGUCUAUUCCACGGCGGUUUGGAGUCUCACUGGAAGGCAGUGUGAUUGCGGAUUGGGAAGAAUACGGGCAGUCCUGGUUGGAGUUUCCACCUCGUUGGGCCCCCUUUCCGAUACGAAGGGGCCAAAGGAAAGCGGACGAACUGCCGAAUCUUUUUGAGCAAUUGGAAGACUUGAAACCUCAGGUUGUGUCUGCAGCAUCGGCUCAGAAAGAGGACGUACGAGAUGGCGAUAGUCCUGUCAGAUUGUUGCCUUUCCCAUCCACUGGGGCGACAUCAGCUUCAACUGCAAAUAUGCCAAGAAGUACGCUUGUAUCGCAGUUUUUACCUCAACUUUCUGCGAGAGAGGCGGCACGGAUCAACGACAUGACUCUUGGUGCCAUUGUCAGUCUGGGAGUGCUCUUUGUAUUGGCAUUUGAAGACGACUCUUCUCAGUUUCAAUUUGUUGAUACUGUGCAAGGGGCUGCCAUGAAUAUUGUGGAUUCUACGAUUCCAGCCAACGCCUAUGAAAUUGUUUCCGUGGCACUUGGGGAAACAUUAGCUGGGAUCACGGGAGCCAUUGCCAGUCUAGGUCUCAAUAUUCUGCUCAUGUCCGGCACUCGCAGAAUGAUGGAACAAAACCAAUCGUUCCAACGGAUGCAAGCCAUGAUCAAUGAGGCACUAGCCGAAAGUGACUACUUCUUGGCUCGAGCAACCAUAUUGCCGCUCUUGGAGGCAGUGGGGUUGUCCCCCAGCUUGGCCACCGUUUCCAGUAGUCUUGCAGCCUCGUUGCCCUACCAACUGGUGAAGUGGGGAAAGCAACAAAAGGAGGCUCGAAAAGAAAACGAAAAUAGGAUUCUCGAAAAGCUACUGGAACAACAAAAGGAGCUGCAAGCUAAAGAGGCCAAUCAACAGAUUCCAGUCGAAUGGAAGAAGAAUCUGGUAGACUUUAUUAUCAAGCCUUUGCGUCAGUUCAAGGCAACGGGAUCCCCAGCUCAAUCUACAGCAGCAUUGACAUCCUUUGAGGCAGCAGCCGCAGCCGCCAUAGUGGAUCCUUCCAAGCUGAUACCCAUCAAACAUGAUGAUUCAACCGAAACCAAGGACAUGCCUCUACGGGCUCCUACCAUUGAUGGAGUAGAAGUCUUUGCAGACACGUGUAAGUGGCUCUCAUAUUCAUUGCUUAUGAAGGACUUUUCCGGGACGCUGUCCGUGGGAGGCGAGUUCUUGGGGCCCGGAUUGGAAAGUGGAUUCUACGGACUCUUGGCUACCUUGACGAGUCAAAUCUAUGCCGAUUUCCUCUACGUGACGGCACGAGCGGGACCUGUGGAACAACAAGAAAAGGCACGAUCUCGUACCGCACCGGAAUGGAUAUCGCUUUACGUGCGCAAAUCCAUCAGUGCGUUUACAUUGUUUGGAGUGUACGCAACCGUUCAGUUGCCCGUGUUGAUUGCGGUCAAUGCCUUGCUCUCGGGAGGAAUCGAUUCUUGCGUUGGAAGUACCGAUUUAGAUCUGUGCAUGGAAACCUACUACACACUAAAUCCACCGAGUGCCGACAUUGCCGCCGAACUACGGGCGCUUGUCACGACUUUGUACAGUUUUUGCAACUUGCCGACAACGGGUGACGUGGGAGGAUUCGGCUUUUACUAUGGUCCUUCAGCUGACGCUCAACUAAGGGCUAUCAUCACGACACUGGUUUCAUUGUGGCAUCGGCUCAGUGCCGUAAGCAAUGUCGUGGCCGGUUGAGGGACAUCAUAGUCGCAAAGAGCUUGCUGUUCGAAGAAGGACGCAGACCUUGCGAAACCCACACAACGAUCUUUUGGCCAUCGCGGCUAAUGUUUUCGGCUCAGCGCCAUCUAUAUGGAAGCAAGCCAUGGAUGGCCGCAACCGCUCGUCACGAGGAGCGCUUCGUGGUGCUCGGCUUCAGUAUUGGCAAGGAUGAGAGUACGAUACAACUUUUUGCAUCCGGCUUUCUAGGACUAUGAGUUCGAGGUAUAACUAAAGGAUAAAGCUGGACUGUCAUACU